AUGUGGGGACGUGCUGGGGACAGGGUGGCUCUUUGCAAGGUGGCCCCUGGCUCCCAGAGAGGGCACUGAAGCUCCCACCUCGCUCUGCCCGGGCAGGGAUGGUGAUCAGGGGGGAUGAGGGACCAUCAGCCAGGAGAGCCCCCCUCACAUGGCUCCAAGUUUCCUAAACACUAGGCACCUGUUUCCUCCCAGCCUAAACACCUCUGUCCCAAGUUGGAGCCUCCAAAAAAUCCAGCAAUUUAAUCCAAGAGGUGCUGCUGCAGCGUGGCCCAGUGACCACCUGACCCUCAUUGUACCCCGUGUCCAUCAUGCUCCAGCCCCUCUGCAGUUAUAAAUACCCCACAACAGAGCCUGGACUGGAUUAUAAUUAGACAGUGAGCCAAGAGGAUGGAGCCAAUGGGCUAUAAAAGCCUGGCCAUGCCCCCAGGCAGGAUCUGCACACCAGGAAGCACUGGCAUGAGCGAGGCACCAGGAGCUGGGACAGCAAAGCUGAGGAUUUCCUCCAAGUUGGGCUCGGAGCAUCCCUUGGCACCUCGAGCUCCCAUCGCCAGGUUCUACACAGCCCUGGUCACGGGAGACCUGAGGAGCCUGCAGGUCCUGACUGACAGAUACCACCAAGAUGUCAACCUGGUCUUUGAGAUCAGUAGAAACCAGCUGGAGUGGCAGGUGAAAAGCCAAGCCUCUUAUGGACUCUCAGGGCUGUGGGCGCUGGAGGAGCGCCUGGAGCUGAGCACCCCUCUGUGCCUCGCCGCCCGCCACGGCCACCCCGACUGCCUGCGGCACCUCCUGCGCCGCGGGGCCGACCCCAACCUGGCCCCGGGGGGACAGGCCCCGCUGCACCUGGCCUGCCAGGGCGGGCACGGCGACUGCGUGGAGCUGCUGCUGGAGUACAGGGCCCAGCCCGACGCGCGCGGCGAGCGGGGCGCGGCCCCGCUGCACCUCUGCACCUCGCGGGACUCGCUGCGGUGUGCCAAGCUCCUGCUGAUGCACGGGGCGGCCGUGGAGCUGCCGAGCGAGGCGGGAGGGGACACGGCCCUGCACGUGGCCGCCCGGCCCCGUCUCUGCCCCCACGCCCGCCUCUACCUGCGGCGCCGCGCCCGCGUCGACGCCCGCAACGCGCGCCAGGAGACGGCGCUGGGCGUGCUCUGCGGGCAGGCCCCGGCCGCCGGCGACCAUUCCCUGCAGCUUUUCCAGCUGCUGCUGGAGCACGGCGCCGACGUGGAGGCCCGGGACGAGAGCUGGAGGCGGCCCUUGCACCGGGCCUGCGGGGCGGCCAACGCCGAGCUGGUGCGGCUGCUGCUGCGGCGCGGCGCCGACGCCAACGCCAUCGACUACGACGGCGUGUCCCCGCUGGGCUGGGCCCUGCAGGGCGCUGCCUGCCACCCGGAGCUGCGGCCCCACCUCAGCGUGCAGCUCCUGCUCAACCACGGCUCCCAGAAGAUUUGGCCCCCGGCCUUCGUCAAGGUGCUGAAGUCCUGCGCGGCCGUGCCGGAGGUCAUCGAGGUCCUCUUCAACUCCUACUCCCAAAUCCCGGUGUCCCAGGAGUGGGCAGAGGCCGUGCCAGAGGAGGUGUUCCAGCAGCACCGGCCGUUCUACGAGUCCCUGCUGGGGCUGGCGGGCACCGCCCGGAGCCUGCAGCACCUCUGCCGUGCCACCAUCCGGGCACGCUGCGGGGACAAGUGCCACUCCCGCAUCCCCCUGCUGCCCCUGCCCGCGGCCCUGCGGGAUUUCCUGCUGCUGGAGCCGCAGGGAGUGGUGCUGUGAGGGAGCAGAUCCAGGAGCAGAUCCAUGGAGCAGAUCCAGGAGCAUCCAUGUGAUGAUGGGCACGCUUGCCAUGGCUGUUUUCCCAGGAUUAAAAAGUGCUUUUGGCUGGAAAUUUGUAUAGCUUUUGGGGUUUUUUUCCCCCCUUCUAAUAGUGCUUUAAGCAAAUUAUAAAGAGUAAUAAAAUGAUGAGUGGCUGG